AUGGGCAUACAGCAGUUCAGCCUGGACCCUUACUCCAGGCCCCUCACCGUCCACAUCGUAGGGGCCUCCCACAACGAGACCAUGGGGGCCCGGCUCACGGACUACGACGAGCUCAACCACAUGUUCCCGGGGCACCAGGGCAUGGAGGUGGUGAUGGUGGGGCCAGAGGUGGUGGACGGGGCCAUCAUGAGGCCUCCACUCAGAGCAUUUGGCCCCAGGAGCAGGGUCUUCUUGUCAGCUCACAAAGACCUCUAUCAUCAGUUCUGGGAGGACGUUGUGGAGACGCAGGAGGCCGCCAGACCGGACAUCGUGAUUGGCUUUCACCCCGGAGACCUCCCAUUCCCCACUGAGAAAUGGAGCAGACCCAGGAGCGAGGUGAGGUGCUGGGACGACUGGCUCUCCAUGCAGGGGCCCCUCAGCGCUCGCCUGGACCCCAUCGUGACGGGCCCCAACAUGGAGAAGGUGUGGAGCAACGCCAGUCACCCUCGCCCCGACGACCCGGACCUGAGCCAGUCCCUGUGGCGGAUCCAGAGCGAGUUCCUGUCCCGGGUCCUGACCGUGGGGAUGGGCAUACAGCAGUUCAGCCUGGACCCUUACUCCAGGCCCCUCACCGUCCACAUCGUAGGGGCCUCCCACAACGAGACCAUGGGGGCCCGGCUCACGGACUACGACGAGCUCAACCACAUGUUCCCGGGGCACCAGGGCAUGGAGGUGGUGAUGGUGGGGCCAGAGGUGGUGGACGGGGCCAUCAUGAGGCCUCCACUCAGAGCAUUUGGCCCCAGGAGCAGGGUCUUCUUGUCAGCUCACAAAGACCUCUAUCAUCAGUUCUGGGAGGACGUUGUGGAGACGCAGGAGGCCGCCAGACCGGACAUCGUGAUUGGCUUUCACCCCGGUUUCCAUGCCAACCAGGGUCUGAUGGAUGGAUGGCUCCCCACGCUGCUGCUGCUGCGAGACUACGGCAUCCCCACACUCUUCACGGUCUUCAGUGAGCAGGAGCAGAAGGCCUCUCUGCAGAUCCUGCUGGAGCUGGAGGUGAACAUUCUGGACAGUGACAAAAACCCUUUCAGCUCCCAGAAACCAGAGCAGGCCCAGUCCUCUCCCAACGUCCAGCCGGUCUACUGCAGCUCCCACUACAUCCGCUUGCGAGGCGUGCUGUCCCAGGACCCUCACCAGAACCAGGACUAG